AUGGAGGAUAAAAAUAUAAAGGUAAAAUUAAAAAAUAAGCAAAAUAAUAAUUCAUUAAAAAAAAAGGAAAAUAAAAAUAAUUUAUAUAAUACAGUAAUGAAGCAAAGUAAAAAGAAAAUAAGUAAGAUAAUAAAGAAAAAAAAGAGAUUUUAUAAUAAGUUUAAAAUUGAAAAUACUAAUUCUUGUGUACAUAAUAAAAUUUCAAAAAAUGAGAAAGCAAUAAAUGAUAACUUAAUCAAUAAAAAUCCCAAGAAUGGAAUAAUAAAAGAUAUAUCAAAAAAAAAAAAAUCUACUAAAAGUCAUUCAAAUACGGAAAAUAAAUCAAAAGAAAUUAAACAUCCUGAUAUGAACAAGAGAAAAAAUAUAAUAUAUAAAAAUUUGAUAAAAAAUAAUGAAAAAGUUAGCAAAAGUACUAAAAUUAAAAAGGAAGAAAAUAAAAAAUUUCCUAAUAUAAAUACUUUAUAUAAAGAUACUGUAAAUAAAAACUUUUAUUAUCAUAUGAAUAAAAAAAAUGAGGAUCCUUGUAGCAGUUCUAAUUUAGAAAAAAAUAAACAAAAAUAUAAAAAAAAAAAAAAAAUUGAUAGAAAUCCUGAAGAUAUAGUUAAUUCUUCUUUAUUUAGAUAUAUUAAUGAAUAUAUGUACACAAAUAAAAGUAUAGUGGUUGAAAAAAAAUUAAAUGAAACAAAAAAUAUUUUUAAUAUAUAUCAUUUAGGGUAUAAAAACCAAAAAGAAAAAUGGCCAAACAAUCCUGUAAAUGUUAUAAUAAAUUAUUUAAAAAAAAAUUUUACAAAACAUAACAAUAUAGGGGAUUUAGGUUGUGGUGAAGCAGAAAUUGCUAAAACCUUAAAUGAUUGGUUAAUAGAUUCUUUUGAUUUAAUUAAGUUUAAUGAAUAUGUCACUGCUUGUAAUAUAACGAAAUUAGAAAAACCAGAUGAUUCUUAUGAUUGUCUAAUUUUAUCACUAAGUCUUAUGAACACUGAUUGGCCAAAAAUUAUAUUCGAAUCUGUUCGAUGCUUAAAAAAAAAGGGAACAUUAAUAAUAGCAGAAGUUGUAAGCAGAUUUAAAAAUUACAAAGCAUUUAUGAAAUUUAUGAAUAAUGUUGGAUUUAAGUUAUCAAAAAAAGUUAAUUUAGAUGAUUUUUUCUUUGUGUUCUUUUUUGAAAAUAAUAAAAAAGAUAAUUCUACAUAUAUAUUAAGUGAAAAAAGAGUUAAAAAAGUAUCAGAAUUACUAACCCCUUGCAUUUAUAAAAGAAGAUAA